AUGAUGAAAGCUCUCGUGUUUCAUGGCCCCUACGACGUGAGAUUGGAGGAAAGACCAAUCCCCGAUCUCGUCGAUCAGACCGAUGUUAUCAUUAAGACAACCUCCGCUGCUCUCUGUGGAAGUGAGCUACAUCGGUAUCGGGGUCACUCAAAGAUUAACAUGACUCCCGGAUAUAUUUGUGGUCAUGAAGGCAUUGGCAUCAUUGAGAAAGUCGGCAGUGAAAUCAAGAGUUUCGCCAAGGGAGACCAUGUCAUUGUCCCCUUCCUCGUCAGCUGCAACGAAUGCUUCAACUGCAAACGAGGUGUCCAUGGACGCUGCCAAAGAGGUCGAAACUUUGGCGGACCUGCUUUGGACGGCUCCCAAGCCCAGUAUUUCCGGGUUCCUCUUGCAGAGACAACUCUCUACCACAAUCCACGCGAUGCCGACCUGGGAGAACUUGCAAUCUUGAUGACGGACAUCUUUCCUACCGGGUUCAACGGCGCAAAGCGCGCCUUCAUAGACGUACCCAGCGAAAACUGGAAAGAUAUGACCAUCGCAGUUAUGGGUUGUGGGCCCGUUGCCCUCUGCGCUAUCAUCUCGGCCAUGGAAUAUAAGCCGGCGCGUGUCUUUGCUAUUGACUCAAUCCCCAGCCGUCUUAAGGCCGCGGAAGAGCUUGGUUGCAUACCACUCAAUUUCAAAGAGGUCGACGUCGUCCAAGCAAUUAAAGAAGCGACAAAUAACAAUGGUGUUCACGCUGUCGUUGAGGGUGUUGGUCUUACGCCCGCACUGAAGACUGCCUAUGAUAUUGUGUGCCCUGGUGGAAAAAUCAGUUCGUUUGGUGUGCAUAAUGGCGAGUUGCCUUUUAGUGCCGCUGAUUGUUACAAUAAGAAUGUGCAUAUGCAGUUUGGACGGUGUCCUCUGCGAGCAGUGUUUGCCGAAGCACUCGCGUGUCUGAUUCGGAACAAGGAGCUGAUUCAGAAGAUGAAGUUCAUUGAUUUGGUACUUCCUCAACUUGAUGAAUCAUUUGAUGCAGCAUUGAAGCGGUUUGAGCGUGGAGAAUUGAACAAGGUUGUAUUCAAGCCCAAUGGUUUGGAUCUUUGA